UCUCCCCACACACGGACGCUGAGGUGGUUAGAGUACACAAAAUGGCUUCCACCGAUUAUAGCACCUAUAGCCAAGCUGGUGCCCAGCAGAGCUAUAGUGCUUAUACUGCCCAGCCAACUCAAGGAUACACACAGACUGCUCAGGCAAGCUAUGGACAGCCGAGUUAUGGCACCUACGCGCAACCAAGUGAUGCUAGUUACACACAGGCACAAACCACUGCCACAUAUGGUCAGACAGCGUAUGCUACUGCUUAUGGGCAGCCUCCUGCUGGUUAUACUGCACCAGCAGCACCUCAGGCCUAUAGUCAGCCAAUACAAGGCUAUGGAACAACAGGCUAUGAUAGCAGCGCUGCAACCACUGCAACAACCCAAACUUCAUAUGCAGCACCAUCUGCUUACAGUUCCCAGCCUGCAUACCCCACCUAUGGUCAGCAACCUGCUACUACUGCUCCAGCAAGACCUCAAGAUGGAAGCAAACCAGCAGAAACCAGUCAGCCUCCUCAAAGUUCAGUGUCCUAUGCUCAGACAAAUAUGGGCUAUAGUCAGAGCAGCUAUAGUUAUCCCCAAGUCCCAUCAAGCUACCCAGUGCAACAAGUGACUGCUCCUCCAUCUUAUCCACCUUCAAGCUAUUCAACAUCCCAGCCUUCAAGCUAUGAGCAGAGCUCAUACACUCAACCCAGCUCAUAUACUCAACAAAGUAGCUAUGGACAGCAGGGCUCUUAUUCUCAGCAGAGUAACUAUGGCCAGCCAGGAAGUUAUGGGCAGCAGAGUGGCUAUGGGCAGCAAAGUGGCUAUCAACAGCAGCAGCAACAAUCGCAGCAGCAGCAACCUCCUCCUACAAGCUACCCACCUCCAUCUUCAAGCUAUGCCAGCCAGCCCUCAAGUCAAUACAGCCAACAGAGUAGUAGUGGCUAUGGCCAACAGAGCAGUUACCGUCAAGAUCACCCUAGCAGCAAGGGAUCAUAUGGUCAGGAGCCUCACCAAGGCUUCUCUGGCUCUGAAGGGCGCAACUCUGGAGGUUCAGAGCCUCGUGGCAGAGGUCGAGGCAUGUUUGACAGAGGUGGCAUGAGCCGCGGUGGUAGGGGAGGCCGUGGAGGCAUGGGCGGUGGAGAGCGAGCUGGCUUCAGUAAGCCUGGUGGACUUCUGGAUGACGGCCCUGAACUUGAUUUUAUGCCCCCAAUGGAACCUGAAGAGGAACCAGAGAACAACACAAUCUAUAUGCAGGGUCUAAAUGAUAAUGUGACGGUUGAAGAGGUGGUGGAAUUUUUCAAACACUGUGGUGAAGUGAAGAUGAACAAAAGAACAGGACAGCCUUUAGUUAACCUUUUUACCGAUAAGGAGACUGGUAAACCAAAGGGUGAUGGAACAGUUUCAUUUGAGGAUCCACCUUCUGCAAAGACUGCAGUGGAGCUCUGUGAUGGAAAAGAAUUUCAGGGGAACAAACUAAAAGUGUCCUUGGCCCGCAAGAAGUCCCUUCUUGGUAACAUGAGAGGUGGAUUGUUGCCUCGUGAGGGUCGUGGUCAGCCUCCACUCCUUAGAGGCGGUCCCAUGGGCCGAAUGGGUGGCAGAGGGGGUGAGCGUGGUGGAUUCAUGCCUAGAGGGCCACGGGCACCGCGAGGAAGUCCAGUUGGUGGCCCCAACGUACAGCACCGAGCAGGAGACUGGCAAUGUCCAAACCCGGGUUGUGGAAACCAGAAUUUUGCAUGGCGAACAGAGUGCAACCAGUGCAAGGCACCUAAGCCUGAAGGCUUUAUUCCUCCUCCAUUUCCACCUCCAGGUGGUGAACGAGGUAGAGGAGGCCCAGGUAUGAGGGGAGGCAGAGGCCUUAUGGACCGUGGCGGCCCAGGGAUGUUCAGAGGUGGUCGUGGAGGAGAUAGAGGAGGCUUUAGAGGCCGUGGAAUGGACAGAGGUUUUGGUGGAGGAAGGAGGGGUGGUCCACCUGGACCUCCAGGGCCUCUAUUAGAACCCAUGGGAGGAAGAGGAGGCGGUAGACGUGGUGGCCCAGGGAAAUCUGACAAGAGUGAUCACCGCCAGGAGCGCAGGGAGAGACCCUACUAGCAGUUUAAAGCCUCCUUUACUACCAGAUUUAUUUUUUAAGCCAGAAAUGUUUUAAAUUUAUAAUUCCAUAUUUAUAAUGCUAGCAUGGAGUCCUUCCAUUGUUACAUUAUGACUAUACUUUGUCUGUAGUUAUUCACAAUUUGUGGAGAUAUUAAAAUGGAAGUUUAAUGGUAGUACCAAUGUUUUUGUUUUAUAUUUUUCCCGAAACCCAAUAAUUCCAGGCUUUGUCUGUAAAAUAUACAUUUUAAGUUUUACAGAAGUGGAUUUGUCAGCAUGUACAACUUUAAAGGAUGGAGAGUGUGUGACUAUUAAUUUCUCGGCUUGUUCCAUCAUACUUGGCCCAUUUUUGUGGGCCACUGUUGAGCUCGUUUCCCCUUUCAAGUGUUUAAAAGAUCAGGGUUUUAGUAUGAUUGAUACAUGUUUGCUUUUUCCUGUUUUUGCAAGAAAUUUUUUUUUUGGGGGGGGGGGGGGGGGGAAAUGUUGUGAAUUUUAUACUUUGGCUUGUACUGGUUGUUGACUCCCACAUUACAAUAAUAAAACUCUGUAAACCAGUGUCUAAUAUAAGGUUUCUGGUCUUGGAUGAAUAAACAAUCAGAUUUCAGAGCAAUGUUAAAUUAUCAGUGGAAAAUAACAUCACACAAGGCCUAACACAGCAGAUCUGUUCCAAUAAAAAUCUAUAGUCUAAAAAUGAAAGAAAGUUGACUGGUUAUGGGCAACAGACAGAUUUUCUCUUAAACAAGCAGUUUUAGGAACAAAAGCUAGCUUGGUUUCUUCAAGAAUGGCUAUAAAUAACACCAGUCAUUUAGUUGAUUAUCACUCAUGAUUAACUAAAGAAGCGUAAUCCUUUUUAAUCCUAGAGGAUUCUAUGAAUGCUCAUUCAACACACAAUGGUUGAAAGGCUGACUUAAAGUGAAUGCCACUAAAGUGUUUUUUGUUUUUUUUGUUCCAUUUUUACUGCUAAGAAACACAAUAAAAAUACAUGUUUCUG